AUGGAGGAGAGCCAGAAGAGGAAACGGCAGCUGGCCGCGGCCGCGGAUGACGAGGGAGAAAGGAAGGAUCGCGGACGGGUGACCGAGGACGAGGUGGAACGGUUCUUCGCCAUCGUCAGGCGGUUGCAGGACGCGAAGUCGUCGUUGUGGUCGGAGCACCACGAUAUCCGAGACGGCGGCGGCGACGACCGAGGCGAAAAGAAGAUCGCAAGGAGGGAGGUGGCGGCGCCGAGGUGGAGGCCGAGGUUCGUACUGGAGGACUUCGAGGGGGUUGCCGAUGGAGAUGACGGCGUUGGUUCUCCGUCAGCGGUGGACGGGAAGGUGAGCUAUGGCGGUGGGGCCGACUUGGAGAUUGACCUCAACGUGGAGCCCGGCAGGAAUCGACUUUAG